AUGUAUAAUGAAUUUAAACAAUAUGCUGUUGAAGAUACUAAAACUGAUCAUCGAUAUGGUGUUGAACGUCUAUUUCGAUUUUAUACAUAUGGUCUAGAAAAACAUUUUCGUCAACAUGUAUUUGAAGAUUUUCAACAAGAAACUCUUUGUGAUCAUCAAGCUGGUCAAUUGUAUGGUUUAGAAAACUUCUGGGCAUUUUUAAAAUAUUCUCGACAAAAACCAGAAAUUAAUUCAAAACUUGAAGAAAUUUUAAAAACCUAUAAAAAUCGUGAAGACUUUCAUGUUGAUGGUGCAUCAUUUCCACGACAAUUUUUUCCAACAAAAUCAAGAAUUAUAACUGUUCCAGCACCCGAAGCAAUUACUGCUGCAGCAGCAAAGAACAGUGAAACAUCAAAUUCAUUAAAAAUCAGUGGUGAACAUUUUCCGACACGUAAUAAUCGUGAUCAAGCUCGACAAUCGAAUCGACGAACAAUAUCUGAACGUGUUUUAGGAAGAAUUGGUAUUUGUUUAGCUAUUGCUGGUGUUGAUGGUGGUCAUCGAGCUGUUAUUUUUGAUCGUUUUCAAGGUGUUAAACUAGAUGUUAUUGAAGAAGGAACUCAUUUUAUGAUUUCAUGGCUUCAUAGACCAAUUAUAUUUGAUGUUCGUACACGACCACGAUCUGUUCCAUGA